GCCGCGCCGGACGUACCAGCAUCCGCAGCCGUUGCUCUAUUCGCUUCUUGGCCCUGGCCACGGUCAAACCAUCGCUGCGCGCCUUGCCGAUCACAAACGCUGUACGGUAUUAAACUCUUACCGACCGACCGCCGCGGUGCGCAUCGGAACGCCACGUACGCAUAUAUAACCAUCGUCGCAGCGGUUACCGCCGUUCGUCGCAAAGACGUCGUUCUUUCGCACAAGAUAUUCCCUCGAACCAUGGACAUUGUCGUCGGUACUCUCGCUACGAGAUUUAACGUAUAGAUAAUGGGAACAGGGGACCGAUUGUUGGAUAUCCCGUGCAAAGUCUGUGGGGAUAGGAGUUCUGGAAAACAUUACGGCAUUUACAGUUGCGACGGUUGUUCUGGGUUUUUCAAAAGAAGCAUCCACCGAAACCGGGUGUACACGUGCAAGGCACAAGGCGAACUCAAAGGCAGGUGCCCCAUUGACAAAACCCACAGAAACCAGUGUCGGGCUUGCCGGCUCAACAAGUGUUUUCAGUCGGCGAUGAACAAGGACGCGGUGCAGCACGAACGAGGACCUCGCAAACCAAAGCUGCACCAUCAUCACCAUCACCAUCACCAUCACUCGUUGAAAGACACGUCACAGUCAGUUAACCACCAACGGCAGCCGAGUCAGAUACAGUUGAACGCCGAACACAUGAUUCAAAAGUCUUCGUCGGCGUAUCCGAAACCAUCGAUGGAAACGUCUUUACCGCCCGUGCCGCCACCGCCUUCGCAGCAACAGCAGCAACAGCAACCUCCGCCGCCGCCACCGCUUCCACCGACAACUCUUUUGCCACCUACGCCACCACAAGGGCCCGUGUUCUUGGGACAGCAACAGCCGCCACCGCCGCCCGGGCUCUUACAGAUACUCAUGUCGGCCGAAAAAUGUCAGGAAUUAAUUUGGAGUGCAAAAAUGUCAGAAGCUUCAUCACCUGUAGGUAUACCGCAACCAAGCAGUCCUCAAGGUUCGCUAACAUUGUCGUUAUCACCAACUUGGGAAGUCUUACAGGAAACAACAGCUCGAUUAUUGUUCAUGGCGGUCAGAUGGGUCCGAUGCCUGGCUCCGUUUCAGACCCUCUCCAAACACGAUCAGCUACUACUGUUACAAGAGUCGUGGAAAGAACUGUUUCUAUUGCAUUUGGCUCAGUGGUCGAUACCCUGGGACUUGUCACCACUUCUGAACUCGGAAAAGGCUCGUGAGAGACUACCAGCGGACGACAUUAAGGUCAACAAUGAAAUGAAAAUUAUACAAGAAAUAUUAGCCCGUUUCAGGCAACUGUCACCGGACGGUAGCGAGUGCGGUUGCAUGAAAGCGGUUAUUCUUUUCACACCAGAAACACCGGGUCUCAUUGAUGCGCAACCGGUGGAAAUGUUGCAAGACCAGGCGCAGUGCAUAUUAGGCGAUUACGUGCGGGGCCGGUACUCAAGGCAGCCCACCCGGUUCGGACGGCUGUUGCUUAUGCUGCCCAACUUGCGGGCCGUUCGGCAAGCGACCAUUGAAAGACUGUUUUUCAAAGAGACUAUCGGUGACAUACCCAUACAGCGGCUGCUCGGUGACAUGUAUCACAUGGAAAAGUCGUACGCAUGACUUAAAGCUAUUUCUAGAAAUUCGAUCAGUACAUGACUGUCAAUUACUUCAAAAUGACUCGUGAGCACUGGACGCCUGGGCUGUAAAUAUUGGUUUGGAUUUUAAUGUCUCCAAAUGUUGCUCAAAAGCUUUUUAUAGAAGUCGGACUCACUUGGAUUUUAAAUAUUCACUUCGUGGAACCUAUCUUGUUAUUGAAUCGAAUACUGUGAAAGACCUCGGAGUUUUCUAUGAUAGUAACUUAAAUUUUCAUAACCAUAUAGAUGCGACAUGCUGUAAAGCUUUAAAAGCUC